UGGCGGUGGCCAGAAACCGAUCUAUUCAGAAGAAGCAGUCUCCUGUACACAGAUCAAAAUCAUGUCCUCUUUAAUCACAUGGCGACACAAUAACUGACACCACUCUCAUCUCUCACUCCAAAUCUCCUUCUAAAGCACCAGAAAGAAGGGAGAGAAGCGAACGCAUAUUUGUAAUCAGCGAAUGGCAUCCGAAAAUGAUUCAGAGCUAACCGAAAAGCAGAAGAAAGACAUCGCCAAAUGGUUCCUCCUCAACUCCCCCGCCGGCGAGAUCCAAUACGUGGCUAAAGACGUAAGAAAGGUUUUGAACGACGACAAUGUGUAUAUGACGGUGGUUUCAGAGGCAUUUCGUCUCCACAACAAAUCGCACGUUAUAUGCCUCCAAAUUCCGGAAGGAGGCGGAGAUGUUCUGAUUUCGUCUUUUAAUGAGAUUAACGAGAAUGAAUAUCUUGAUCCUAGGACUGCCAAGGUUGCUAGUGUUGACCAUGUCAAGCAAGUUUGUACAAAAGUUAGAUCAGCGACUGAUGAAGAACUUCCAUCUCCAUAUAUUGAGGAAUACCGGUGUGCUCUGGAUGCAGAAAUUAUAAAAUAUGUCCGCGAAGCUUACCCAAAAGGUGUCUGUUCAGUUUAUUGUGUCAGGGGAAAAGAUGAGCGAGGGCCAGGUUAUGAUUUUGAGCUCGUUGUGGUAAUUACAGCUACACGACAUAGCCCGCGAAAUUUCUGCAGUGGAAGCUGGCGUUCAAUAUGGAAUAUUGAGUUCAAGAAUGAACAGCAAAUAGUCGAAGUAAAAGGCAGAAUGCAGGUAAGUGCCCACUACUUUGAAGAGGGAAACGUCCACUUAAAUGCUAAACAUGAAUCCAAGCAUUCAACAACAUUUCAGUCCCCCAAUGAGUCUGCAAUUUCUUUGAUGAACAUCAUUCGCUAUCAUGAGACAGAGUACCUUUCUAGCAUUCAGGCAUCCUACUCCAAAUUGCCAGAUACCACAUUCAAGGAGCUUCGGAGAAAACUUCCAGUCACUCGCACUCUAUUCCCCUGGAAUCGCACUUUCCAGUUUAGCAUAAUGAAGGAGCUUGCAAUGGGAAUGGGAAAGUAAAUUCUGCUUUCAGUGUAUGGCAUAGGUUUUGAGCUUAAUUCCUAGACAUGAUCAUCUGGUUACAUUUAACUCAUCUUAUUUAUUUUUUAUUGUUUGGAUUUCCUGAAGAUCUUUUUUAAUUGUUAACUUGCUCUGAGAUAUUAGUAAUAAUGCCAUUUUUGGUGCUUCCAUUCU